CCUAAGUUCAAAUCCAAUCUGUCUCCUCCCUCCGAUGCCUCCUCGGCUCCCCGAUCGGCGCUCCCGCUCCCGCCCCCGCCCCCAAUUCCUCCUCCUCCCCCUCCUCCUCCAUCGCCGCCACUCCUGGUUCCUCCUCCUCACCCUCGCCCUCCUCCUCCUCCUCCUCCUCCUCGUCCACGCCGCCGCCCCCGCCGCGCUCCGCCGCGCCAACGCCCUCGGCCGCCGCUGCUCCGUCGCCGCCUCCGCCGUCGCCGGAGGUGGGGCGGAGGGUACGGCGGGGCAGCCGCGGCGGCGGAGGAUCGCGAUGGUGAGCUUCGCCGCGGAGGAGGGGAAUGGAGGAGGGGGAGGGGGGAGGAGGUCGUUCGAAGGGGUGAUGGAGGCGGUGGAAGGGAACAAGAGGGGGUACGCGGCGCGGAUGGGCUACGACUACGUGGACGCCCGCGGAGCCGUCGAUCCCCGCCGCCCCCCAAGCUGGAGCAAGAUCCUCGCCGUCCGAUCGCUGCUCCCCAGCUACGACUGGGUGUUCUGGAACGACGCCGACACAGUGAUAACCAAUCCAAACAUUUCACUGGAAAGCAUUUUGCUUUCCGCGAUUGGGCACAGCGAUUUCGACGCAUCCCCUGAUCUGGUCGUCACAGAGGAUUUUGGUGGAAUUAAUGCAGGGGUGUGGUUGGUGCGGCGAUCGGCGUGGAGCGAGCGGUUUCUGGAGGCGUGGUGGAACGCGACGUCGUUCGUGCGGUUGGGGUCGACGAGGAGCGGCGACAACGCGGCGAUGCAGCACCUGAUCGCGGCGCUCUCCGCCGAGGAAUCGCGGGCGCACGUGCGCGUCUCCCCCAUGCAGUGCCUCUUCAACUCCUACCCCUGGACCCCCACCCCCAAGUCCCUCUACCGUCUCUUCAUCUCCCCCGCCUCCACCUGGAGAGGAGCCUAUUCUGAUGGAGACUUCAUGGUGCACCUUGCGGGCAUAGAUGACAAAAAGAGGUGGACAGCAAAAAUACUCCAAGAAAUGAUGAGUACUAGUUAAAGUUAAUUACUGAAUUUUUUUUGUUAAUAAUUAAAAAAUUACUUUCAUAAUUAAGAUAGGAACAAUAAAAUAUGAUAGGAAUAAUUUAAAAAAAAGGGAAAACUAGGGGGAACCAAAAAGCUGUAAAUUAGAAUAAAGCAGUACUACUUCAAUCCAUAGCUUUAUACACACUUAAAGGUCAAUAUUCAUGUAGACAGUUUUUUGGCCCAUAUAUAUCAAAAGCUCAAUAUAUAUAUAUAUAUAUAUAUAGAGUCCGGCUAUUAUAUAUACUCUUAUGAGUACGAUUGCUUUCGUACUCAUAAGUCGUUUUCCAUGAUAGAGCUUCCGAAUCGA